AGAGACUGCAGCGUGCGCACCGUGCGUCUGCCGCCUCAGCCUCAGAGCCUAAACCCCCGCAGCUCGCAACCGACAAUUUCAGACUUGCGGCCGCGCACUGUGCUUGCCCUAGGCUAAGGUUGGACGCAGCUGCAGAGGCUGGUGCUAGGCUGCGUUAGCAGGGAAGCGGCGAUCACAGCUGGGCCGGGACUUCCUUCCUCCGCAGCAGAACAAUAAAACCACCCGGCUGCAGGCACUGAGCUCUUGGCAGCCGUCUGGGCGAGAGGCGCAGCGAUGGGCUCCGUGUUGAGCAGCGAUAGCGGCAAAUCCGCGCCUGCCUCGGCCACCCCGCGGGCCCUGGAGCGCAGAGGGGACCCCGAUUUGCCCGUCACCUCCUUCGAUUGCUCGGUGUGCCUCGAGGUGUUGCACCAGCCUGUCCGGACCCGUUGCGGCCACGUAUUCUGCCGUACCUGUAUUGCUACCAGUCUAAAGAACAAUAAGUGGACCUGUCCUUAUUGCCGAGCAUAUCUUCCUUCAGAAGGAGUUCCAGCAACUGAUGUAGCCAAAAGGAUGAAGUCAGAGUACCAGAACUGCACCGAAUGCGAAACCCCGGUUUGCCUCAGCGAAAUGAGGGCACACAUAAGGACUUGUCAGAAAUACAUAGAUAAAUAUGGACCAAUACAAGAACUUGGGGAGACUGCAACAAGGUGUGUGUGUCCAUUUUGUCAGAGAGAAUUGGAUGAAGACAGCUUGCUGGAUCACUGUAUUACUCAUCACAGAUCGGAAAGGAGACCUGUGUUCUGUCCUCUUUGUCAUUUAAUACCUAACGAGAAUCCAAGCAGCUUCAAUGGCAGUUUGAUAAGACAUUUGCAAGUCAGUCACACUUUGUUUUAUGACGAUUUCAUAGAUUUUAAUAUAAUUGAAGAAGCUCUUAUCCGAAGAGUCUUAGAUCGGUCACUACUUGAAUAUGUGAAUCAUUCAAACACCACAUAGUUUUAUUAAAAAGAAAGGGAAGGGGAUUGGAGUACACCACUUUUUAAUAUGCUGCUUGAACACUUGGAGGGAAAUUGACAAUAUUUGGGCAAAAAUGUACAACACAGUUCUAUUUUGCCCCUGUUUAUUGUUAUACUGGAUUUUAAAACUGCUUUCAUUUUGAUAAUUUAAAACUGUUUUGCAUUCAUGAGUUUCUUAGACACUUAACAAUAAAAAAUAGUCUCCAUCAGCCAUUAAUAUAAUGGAAGAGAACACAAGGCUCUGGUAUUUGGGUUGAGGGUCUUUAUUAACAAAUUGGAUGACACUCUGUAUAAUGCUAAAUAUUGAUAACUAACUUCAUGGUUGGGCAAGAUAACUAAUGUUUGUUCUAUAUAAAAUGAUGGGAAGUGAAACAAAGUGCUGACAUUCAAGGAAAUUGAAAGCUGUUCUAAUGCUCGUUUUCUAAUUUCUAAUAGGACAACAUGAAUAAUAUUUUAUGAGAAUAGGAAAGGAAAAUUUUGAAAGUCAACAAAUUCUAUUGAAGAAAACUGUAUUAUGUAAUACUGUAACAAAAUAAAUGUAUUAGGAAUGUAUACUUAAUUCUUUGACUUUUCAUAAUUAUAUGCACACAUAAGAAUUUUUCAAAUAUUUGUAGUUAUUAUUUAGAAAUAUUUCUAUGAUAUAGGAAAUUUCUUAAGAACCAGCACCUGAUAUUUACAAGUAGAUGUGUUCAAAUCCAAAAUUUUUAGCAGAAAACCCUAAGGGCUUUGACUUUUUAAAAAAAGUUAACCUUUAACAAAUUACAAAAUAAAAUACAAAAACCCAAACACAAAAUAUAUAGCUUAAUUCAUUAUUACAAGGCAAACAUUCUUAUAGAUGUUAGAUGUCCUCAUGUUUGUCCUAUCACAAUUGCAACCAUCUCUCCAAUCCCACAAAAAUAAUCACUGUACUGAUUUCAAUAGUAAUCACUUCCUUGCAUUUUAUCUUAUCACCCAAGUGUAUAUAUCUCUGGAUAUCAUAUUUUAAUCUUACUUAAAAUUUUUUAUUAGAUAUGUUUUUUACAACUCUUUUUUUAAUCUAUUAGUUCCCCUUUCCUCCUUCUCUUUUCCUUAAAAUUUAUCUGUUGAAGAACCCAUAUAUCCACAACUUUUGACCUAUAGACUUUCCUACAAUCUGUAUUUUGCUGACUGUAUACUCAUGGUGCACUUCAGCGUGUUCCUAUGUCCUCUGGGUGUUGGCACAGAAUCAAAGAUUUGAGCAGACUCAGGUUCAAUCCUUUUGGCAAGACUAUAGGUGAUGGUGUGUUUUUCAUCAGGUGACACAUAAUGUCUCCUUUUCUCUUUUCUUGAUGUUAGCCAAAACUGAUACUUAAUGCCUUGAUCCAGUAAUUCAGUGCGGGUUGGAA